UCUUGAUGAGUUGGGGAAAUUGACGCAAUUAACCACUUUACAGAUUCACAUACCAAAUGUCAUGCUAUUGCCCAAGGACUUCUGCUUUGAAAACUUGAUCAGAUUUAAAAUAUCAAUUGGUAUUUCCUUAAUUUGUAUGGGUAUUUCUAACACUUAUUCAAAGUCGUGUAAACUUGUGGGUGUUUCCUUAAUGGACAAGUUUAUCGUUUUGUUGCUGAGAGCUGAAGAGCUACAUUUGGAAGAAAUUGAAGGUUUACAAGAGGUGCUGCAUGACAGAGGUGGAGAGGGGUCUUUGAUGGAACGUCAUGGACUAAAUCCAUCAGGCUUCUUCAAUAAUUUAAUUGAAUUAACAAUUAAAGAUUGUAGGUUGGAAUAUCUCUUCUCCCUGUCCUGUGCAAGAGGAUUUCCACGACUUCAGAGACUGCAAAUAACUAAUUGUGUGAUAAUGAAAGCAAUAGUUGGAAUUGAAGAAGAAAAAGAUGAAGAUGAACUCUCAAGUCAGGUAAUUAAUUUCAGUCAGUUGAAAUAUUUGCAUCUCUGCAAUCUACCCAAGCUCAUAAGCUUCUACCCCAAAGUGGAGAAGAUGUCAACAUCUGAAGGAAAUUCUUCUACCCAGGCACAAUUUUUGUUUAAUGAAAAGGUUGCUUUCCCAGUCUUGGAGGUUUUGACGAUUCGUGAAUUGCCUAACAUAAUAGAGUUCAAUAUGCUCCCACGACUGCAAAAUCUGGAAACAAUCGACAUAGAUAAUUGUCCAAAGUUGGAAGCGAUAGUCUCGGAGAAAGAAAAAGAAGAAGGAUCCACAAGUAAUGACCUCAUCGUGUUCUAUCAAUUAAGAACUCUUAAACUUUCAAGGUUGGUGAGCGUUAAAAGUUUCUACAACUGGCCUACAAGAUCUGAAGCACAACCCUUGUUCAACCACCAGGUUGCUUUCCCAGUCUUGGAGGUUUUGAAGAUUCGUGAAUUGCCUAACAUAAUAGAGAUAUGGGACAAGCAAUUACUCAUAGCCUUAGAAAAAGAAUCAAAGUCCUUCUGCCAACUGGAAGAUAUGGAGGUUUUUAAUUGUGAGAAAUUGGUACAUGUGGUCCAGUUCAAUAUGCUCCCACGACUGCAAAGUCUGAAAAAAUUCAUCGUGAAUAAUUGUCCAAAGAUGGAAGCAGUAGUUUCGGAGAAUGAAAAAGAAGGAGGAACCACCAGCAAUGAUAUCAUCCUGUUCUCUCAAUUAACAACUCUUGAACUUUCUACGUUGGUGAGCGUUAAAAGUUUCUACAACUGGCCCACAAGAUCUGAAGCACAACCCUUGUUCAACCACCAGGUUGCUUUCCCAGUCUUGGAGGUUUUGAAAAUUUGUGAAUUGCCUCACAUAAUAAAGAUAUGGGACAAGCAAUUACUCAUAGCCUCAGAAAAAGAAUCAAAGUCCUUCUGCCAACUGAAAGAUGUGGAGGUUUUUAAUUGUGAGAAAUUGGUACAUGUGGUCCAGUUCAAUAUGCUCCCACGACUGCAAAGUCUGAAAAAAUUCAUCGUGAAUAAUUGUCCAAAGAUGGAAGCGAUAGUUUCAGAGAAAGAAAAAGAAGAAGGAACCACCAGUAAUGAUAUCAUCCUGUUCUCUCAAUUAACAACUCUUGAACUUUCUAGGUUGGUGAGCGUUAAAAGUUUCUACCACUGGCCUGCAAGAUCUGAAGCACAACCCUUGUUCAACCACCAGGUUGCUUUCCCAGUCUUGCAGGUUUUGACAAUUUGUGAAUUGCCUAACAUAAUAGAGAUAUGGGACAAACAAUUACUCAUAGCCUCAGAAAAAGAAUCACAGUCCUUCUGCCAACUGAAAGAUAUGAAGGUUUUUAAUUGUGAGAAAUUGGUACAUGCGGUCCACUUCAAUAUGCUCCCACGACUGCAAAGUCUAAAAAUAUUCAUCGUAGAUAAUUGUCCAAAGAUGGAAGCGAUAGUUUCAGAGAAAGAAAAAGAAGAAGGAUCCACCAGUAAUGAUAUCAUCCUGUUCUCUCAAUUAACAACUCUUAAUCUUUCUAGGUUGGUGAGCGUUAAAUUUUUCUACAACUGGCCUACAAGAUCUGAAGCACAACCCUUGUUCAACCAGCAGGUUGCUUUCCCAGUCUGGGAGGUUUUGAAAAUUUGUGAAUUGCCUAACAUAAUAGAGAUAUGGGACAAGCAAUUACUCAUAGCCUCAGAAAAAGAAUCAAAGUCCUUCUGCCAACUGAAAGAUAUGGAGGUUUUUAAUUGUGAGAAAUUGGUACAUGUGGUUGAGUUCAAUAUGCUCCCACGACUGCAAAGUCUGAAAAAAUUCAUCGUGAAUAAUUGUCCGAAGAUGGAAGCGAUAGUUUCGGAGAAAGAAAAAGAAGAAGGAACCACCAGUAAUGAUAUCAUCCUGUUCUCUCAAUUAACAACUCUUAAUCUUUCUCGGUUGGUGAGCGUUAAAAGUUUCUACAACUGGUCGACAAGAUCUGAAGCACAACCCUUGUUCAACCAGCAGGUUGUUUUCCCAGUCUUGGAGGUUUUGAAAAUUUGUGAAUUGCCUAACAUAAUAGAGAUAUGGGACAAGCAAUUACUCAUAGCCUCAGAAAAAGAAUCAAAGUCCUUCUGCCAACUAAAAGAUAUGGAGGUUUUUAAUUGUGAGAAAUUGGUACAUGUGGUCCAGUUCAAUAUGCUCCCACGCCUACAAAGUCUGAAAAAAUUGAUCGUGAAUAAUUGUCCAACGAUGGAAGCGGUAGUUUCGGAGCAAGAAAAAGAAAAAGGAACCACCAGUAAUGAUAUCAUCCUAUUCUCUAAAUUAACAACUCUUAAUCUUUCUAGGUUGGUGAGCGUUAAAAGUUUCUACAACUGGCCUAGAAGAUCUGAAGCACAACCCUUGUUCAACCACCAGGUUGCUUUCCCAGUCUUGGAGGUUUUGAAAAUUUGUGAAUUGCGUCAAAUAAUAGAGAUAUGGGACAAGCAAUUACUCAUAGCCUCAGAAAAAGAAUCAAAGUCCUUCUGCCAACUGAAAGAUAUGGAGGUUUUUAAUUGUGAGAAAUUGGUACAUGUGGUCCAGUUCAAUAUGCUCCCACGACUGCAAAGUCUGAAAAAAUUCAUCGUGAAUAAUUGUCCAAAGAUGGAAGCGAUAGUUUCGGAAAAAGAAAAAGAAGAAGCAACCACCAGUAAUGAUAUCAUCUUGUUCUCUCAAUUAACAACUCUUAAUCUUUCUAGGUUGGUGAGCGUUAAAAGUUUCUACAACUGGCCUACAAGAUCUGAAGCACAACCCUUGUUUAACCACCAGGUUGCUUUCCCAGUCUUGGAGGUUUUGAAAAUUUGUGAAUUGCCUCACAUAAUAGAGAUAUGGGACAAGCAAUUACUCAUAGCCUCAGAAAAAGAAUCAAAGUCCUUCUGCCAACUGAAAGAUAUGGAGGUUUUUAAUUGUGAGAAAUUGGUACAUGUGGUCCAGUUCAAUAUGCUCCCACGACUACAAAGUCUGAAAAAAUUCAUCGUGAAUAAUUGUCCAAAGAUGGAAGCGAUAGUUUCAGAGAAAGAAAAAGAAGAAGGAACCACCAGUAAUGAUAUCAUCCUGUUCUCUCAAUUAACAACUCUUGAACUUUCUAGGUUGGUGAGCGUUAAAAGUUUCUACAACUGGCCCACAAGAUCUGAAGCACAACCCUUGUUCAACCACCAGGUUGCUUUCCCAGUCUUGGAGGUUUUGAAAAUUUGGGAAUUGCCCAACAUAAUAGAGAUAUGGGACAAGCAAUUACUCAUAGCCUCAGAAAAAGAAUCAAAGUCCUUCUGCCAACUGAAAGUCAUGGAGGUUUUUAAUUGUGAGAAAUUGGUACACGUGGUCCAGUUCAAUAUGCUCCCACGACUGCAAAGUCUGAAAAAAUUCAUCGUGAAUAAUUGUCCAAAGAUGGAAGCGAUAGUUUCGGAGGAAGAAAACGAAGAAGGAACCACCAGUAAUGAUAUCAUCAUCUUCUCUCAAUUAACAACUCUUAAUCUUUCUAGGUUGGUGAGCGUUAAAAGUUUUUACAACUGGCCUUCAAGAUCUGAAGCACAACCCUUGUUCAACCACCAGGUUGCUUUCCCAGUCUUGGAGAUUUUGAAAAUUUGUAAAUUGCCUAACAUAAUAGGGAUAUGGGACAAGCAAUUACUCAUAGCCUCAGAAAAAGAAUCAAAGUCCUUCUGCCAACUGAAAGAUAUGGAGGUUUUUAAUUGUGAGAAAUUGGUACAUGCGGUCCAGUUCAAUAUGCUCCCACGACUGCAAAGUCUGAAAAAAUUCAUUGUAAAUAAUUGUCCAAAGAUGGAAGCGAUAGUUUCAGAGAAAGAAAAAGAAGAAGGAACCACCAGUAAUGAUAUCAUCAUGUUCUCUCAAUUAACAGCUCUUAAUCUUUCUAGGUUGGUGAGGGUUAAAUUUUUCUACAACUGGCCCACAAGAUCUGAAGCACAACCCUUGUUCAACCACCAGGUUGCUUUCCCUGUCUUGGAGGUUUUGAAAAUUUGUGAAUUGCCCAACAUAAUAGAGAUAUGGGACAAGCAAUUACUCAUAGCCUCAGAAAAAGAAUCAAAGUCCUUCUGCCAACUUAAAGACAUGGAGGUUGUUAAUUGUGAGAAAUUGGUACAUGUGGUCCCAUUCAAUAUGCUCCCACGACUGCAAAAUCUGAAAAUAUUCAUUGUAAAUAAUUGUCCAAAGAUGGAAGCGAUAGUUUCAGAUAAAGAAAAAGAAGAGGGAACCACCAAUAAUGAUAUCAUCCUGUUCUCUCAAUUAACAACUCUUAAUCUUUCUAGGUUGGUGAGCGUUAAAAGUUUCUACAACUGGCCUACAAGAUCUGAAGCACAACCCUUGUUCAACCACCAGGUUGCUUUCCCAGUCUUGGAGGUUUUGAAAAUUUGGGAAUUGCCCAACAUAAUUGAGAUAUGGGACAAGCAAUUACUCAUAGCCUCAGAAAAAGAAUCAAAGUCCUUCUGCCAACUGAAAGACAUGGAGGUUUUCAAUUGUGAGAAAUUGUUACAUGUGGUCCAGUUUAAUAUGCUCCCACGACUGCAAAAUUUGAAAAUAUUCAUCGUAAAUAAUUGUCCAAAGAUGGAAGUGAUAGUUUCAGAGAAAGAAAAAGAAGAAGGAACCACCAAUAAUGAUACCAUCCUAUUCUCUCAAUUAACAACUCUUAAUCUUUCUAGGUUGGUGAGCGUUAAAAGUUUCUACAAUUGGCCUACAAGAUCUGAAGCACAACCCUUGUUCAACCACCAGGUUGCUUUCCCAGCCUUGGAGGUUUUGAAAAUUUGGGAAUUGCCUAACAUAAUAGAGAUAUGGGACAGGCAAUUACUCAUAGCCUCAAAAAAAGAAUCAAAGUCCUUCUGCCAACUGAAAGACAUGAUGGUUUUUAAUUGUGAGAAAUUGGUACAUGUGGUCCAGUUCAAUAUGCUCCCACGACUGCAAAAUCUGAAAAUAUUCAUCGUAGAUAAUUGUCCAAAGAUGGAAGCGAUAGUUUCAGAGAAAGAAAAAGAAGAAGGAACCACCAAUAAUGAUAUCAACCUGUUCUCUCAAUUAACAACUCUUAAUCUUUCUAGGUUGGUGAGCGUUAAAAGUUUCUACAACUGGCCUUCAAGAUCUGAAGCACAACCCUUGUUCAACCACCAGGUUGCUUUCCCAGUCUUGGAGGUUUUGAAAAUUCGCGAAUUGCCUAACAUAACAGAUAUAUGGGAUAAGCAAUUACUCAUAGCCUCAGAAAAAGAAUCAAAGUCCUUCUGCCAACUGAAAGUCAUGGAUGUUUUUAAUUGUGAGAAAUUGGUACAUGUGGUCCAGUUCAAUAUGGUCCCACGACUACAAAAUCUAAAAAUAUUCAUCGUAAAUAAUUGUCCAAAGAUGGAAUCGAUAGUUUCAGAGAAAGAAAAAGAAGAAGGAACCACCAAUAAUGAUACCAUCAUGUUCUCUCAAUUAACAACUCUUAAUCUUUCUAGGUUGGUGAGCGUUAAAAGUUUCUACAACUGGCCUACAAGAUCUGAAGCACAACCCUUGUUCAACCACCAGGUUGCUUUCCCAGUCUUGGAGGUUUUGAAAAUUUGUGAAUUGCCCAACAUAAUAGAGAUAUGGGACAAGCAAUUACUCAUAGCCUCAGAAAAAGAAUCAAAUUCCUUCUGCCAACUGAAAGUCAUGGAGGUUUUUAAUUGUGAAAAAUUGGUACAUGUGGCCCAGUUCAAUAUGCUCCCACAACUGCAAAAUCUGAAAAUAUUCAUCGUAAAUAAUUGUCCAAAGAUCGAAGCGAUAGUUUCAGAGAAAGAAAAAGAAGAAGGAACCACCAAUAAUGAUAUCAUCCUAUUCUCUCAAUUAACGACUCUUAAUCUUUCUAGGUUGGUCAGCGUUAAAAGUUUCUACAACUGGCCUACAAGAUCUGAAGCAUAACCCUUGUUCAACCACAAGGUUGCUUUGCCAGUCUUGGAGGUUUUGAAAAUUUGGGAAUUGCCUAACAUAACAGAGAUAUGGGACAAGCAAUUACUCAUAGCCUCAGAAAAAGAAUCAAAGUCCUUCUGCCAACUGAAAGUCAUGGAGGUUUUUAA